AGAGUCUGGGAACCACCCAAGCAACAUCCAAGAUGGAGGACUUCUUGGCGGCUGUUCGGUCUCUAUGUGCCGAUAAAAACUACGGCGAAUUGGCGAACUACCUCAACAGAUCCCAAGAGCUUUUGACCAAAUAUGCAGGGCAACUGGACUCAGCUAUUGCUUCGCUUGACCCGGAACAGCAUUCUAUGGCAUUUAUGGCUUUAUUAUUGGUGAAGCAGCAGCUACCGAACUAUGGAGAUUUUGAACUUCUUUUUACCCAAAUCCAGCAAUUUAUUAACAUAUGCUCCAAAGAUCAGAUACAGUUUUCUGUAGAAAAAUUUGCACAUCUAUGCCACUUUAUAACACAGUGCCUGGUUGAUCUGAAGCAGCCCAUGCGUGGAAUCCAGAUAAUGUGUACAGCAAUCCAGAAAGCUCAGCAGUCUCCCACGCAACUCACAUCAAUACACACAGAUCUAGCUCAGCUUUGCCUCCUUGCCAAGUGUUUCUCCCCUGCCUUGCCAUAUUUGGAUUGUGACAUCUACGAUAUUCAUAAAGAGGGUAGCAAACUUGAUGCCAAAACCCUCCUUUGCUACUAUUACUAUGGCGGAAUGAUUUAUACAGCGCUGAAGAAGUUUGAAAGAGCACUUUAUUUUUUUGAAGUGGCAGUAACAUGCCCUGCUAUGGAUGUGAGCCAUGUCAUGCUGGAGUCGUAUAAAAAGUUUAUUCUAGUUUCUUUGAUAUUACAUGGAAAGAUAAUAAACCUUCCAAAGUUCACAUCUCAUGUAGUUCAGAGAUUUCUUAAGCCUUUGAGCGCUGCCUAUCAUGAGGUGGCCAACAGCUACUCGUCCAACAACCAGAGUGAAUUACAAGCAGUUGUUACCAAGCACCAGGAGACGUUCACACGUGAUAAUAACAUGGGAUUGGUGAAGCAAGUGUGUAGUUCAGUCUACAAAAAGAACAUUUUAAGGCUCACGAAGACCUUCUUAACGCUCUCGUUAUCAGACAUGGCUAACCGUGUACAGCUGAGCAGCCCAAAAGAAGCAGAGGAACACAUUCUUCGGAUGAUAGAAGAUGGUGAGAUCUAUGCCAGCAUCAACCAGCGAGAUGGCAUGGUUUGUUUCCACGACAACCCCGAGAAAUACAACAACCCUAAGAUGCUCAAAAAGAUAGACCAGGAGAUGAGGUUGUUCCAACAAUUAGACGAAAAGCUGCAGCAGAUGGACCGGCAACUUGCUGUUAACCCGCAAUACGUGCAGAAGACAAUGAGCAGUCACGCGGAAGAAGAUGUUGGCAUUGGGCGCAUGCGCGAGGACGUGCUCAUGUGAUGCGCAUGUGAUGAAAACGUGAUUAGUAAAAUGAAGUGGUAGUGUUGUAAAUAAACUAUGUAAUUCCUUCCCCUA